AUGAGCAGUCCUGUCGUGAGAACUUCGACACCCGGAGCUGGACCCUCGAAAGCUCCCACCUACUCCAAUGCGCCUCCUGCACCAUCGACGUCCGGAGACUCGGAAUCUACAGCACCGCGGCCCGUUGAAAAGGGCCUUGAGACAGGGAUUUUUCGAGAGCUAAUGAGAACAACGCUUGUCGAGACCCUCAAUGAGAUACCGGGUGCGAAGACCUUGAUACUUGAUCCGGACGUUGCCGGACCCCUGGGCUUAGUGACGGACAUAGCGUUGCUGAAGCAUCAAGCAGUCGACAAGAUCUUCUGGUUCGAGGCGGGCCCGUUGAAUGUAGCAACUCGGAACGUAGUAUGGCUUUGUCGCCCCAAGAUCAAGCAUAUCCGGAUCAUAGCAGGUAUGAGAGACUAUCAGUACACUGCUGAUGGCCUCGUCUUCACCUUGCUACUGGUGCCGAGGGUAACAGAGCUAUGUCGCAAAGUCCUCGAGGAUGAGGGUGUUGCAGGAGAUGUCAAUGUCUUACCUUUUAAAAUGGAGUUUAUCCCGCUAGAAGACGAUUUGCUGUCAUUGGAGAUGAGCGAUACAGCCCGCGAUGUGUACCUGAACGGAGACGACACACCUCUCUAUUACUCUUCACUGGCUUUGAUGACUUUUCAGCGUGCUUUCGGCUUGUUUCCGAAAAUCUAUGGCAAAGGCGACGCUGCGAAGCGCCUUACUAAUCUCUUGGAGCGGCAUCAUUCUUCAGGUGACUCACUAUAUGCGGAUCUGGAAGUCUCAGAUCAGGUGGACGGUCUGAUCAUUGUGGACCGCUCGGUGGACUGGGUCACACCGAUGUGCACCCAAUUGACCUACGAAGGCAUGCUAGACGAAUAUGUAGGCAUCAAAAAUGCACAUAUCGAAGUGGACACUGGCCUUCUGGAUGGUCAGGCUGCCGAGAACCAAGCCGCCGGUUCGAUGAAGAAAAGGAAACACCAUCUCAACGGCUCGAAAGACACUCUCUUAGUGGAUUUGAGGGACCAGAAUUUCGCUGUGAUCGGUUCGAGGCUGUCCAAGAUUGCUAGAAGGCUAGAAGGAGAUUAUGGAGGGGCAAAGAACCUGAAAAGCGUAUCCGAAAUGAAGUCCUUUGUUGGCAAGUUGGGCGGACUGCAUUCUGAGCAGCAAAGUCUGCGUUUGCAUACUGGCUUGACAGAGAUGAUCAUGCCAAUAACGCGGACCGAUGAAUUCAACCGCGUAUUAGAAGCACAACAGAAUCUUUUGGCGGGAUACGACCCAACUGCCCAGAUGACCAUUAUCGAGGAUCUGAUGUAUCAAGAGUCGGCAUGGGCAACAGUCUUACGGUUGGCGAUUCUGAUGAGCCUGACAAGUGGUGGCAUAAAACCGAAGCCGUUGGAAGCUUUCAAGCGGGACUUUCUCCAAGUUUAUGGAUACCAUCACCUGCCGCUCCUUAUCAACUUGCAAAAUCUCGGACUCCUGGUCAAGUCUCCGCCUGCCACGUCCCUGCCAUUCGCCAAUCUCCGGAAACCUCUACGGCUAGUUGUUGAUGACGUCGAUGACGGUGCGCCGAACGAUAUAUCAUAUGUCUACUCUGGGUAUGCCCCAUUGUCGAUCCGGUUGGUCCAAUGUAUCGCCCAAAAGAACGCUGUCGCUUCACCGGCUAAUGUAGACAUUGCGGCCGAGCUCGACGGGCGAGGGAAGAAGGAAUUGCCGAAAGCCCACCCUCUGUUAGGGUGGAAGGGCUUUGAGGAUGUCUUGGGUGCCAUUCCUGGGGCGACCGUAGAUGUCCGGCAGCGAGCACCUGGUGUUUCAGGUCGAGCAGAAGUCAGGUUCGAGCAGGAUCAGAACCAGAUUGUGACCACCGUGGUCUUCUUCCUCGGAGGAUGCACAUAUACGGAGAUAGCAGCGUUGAGAUGGAUGGCAAAGCAGACCAGGGGAAGACGAUUUUUGAUCGCUACUACUGGAAUCAUCAACGGCACGAAUCUCUUGGAGAGCUUGGGAGAGGAGAAACCAGUAGAAUUGACACGAUGA